GAAGCCAUGUUGGAGCUGCACCCCGAGCGAGGGGCUGCGGGCGCGCUCCUCUCCUGGUGGGUGUGACCCGGCGGCUCCGCGCGGCGGCGGCGGCGGCGGCGGCGGGGGGCGGGGACGCCGGGCGGCUCGUCGUGGUCGGCGGCGGCCGCGGCGUGCAGCCGGGCGAUUGUGACCGGCGGCAGAGCCGGGCCGGCCGCGGGCGCUCCCUCCGUGCGGCCCCCCUGAGCGCCCCCCCUCCCCGGGCCGGGAGGGAGGCGGGGGGCACCCGGGGCCCGCCAUGAACCCCGGCUUCGACCUGUCCCGCCGGAACCCCCAGGAGGACUUCGAGCUGAUCCAGCGCAUCGGCAGCGGCACCUACGGCGACGUCUACAAGGCUCGGAAUGUUAGCACUGGAGAAUUAGCGGCGAUUAAAGUGAUAAAACUGGAACCAGGCGAAGACUUUGCGGUUGUACAGCAAGAAAUCAUUAUGAUGAAGGACUGCAGACACCCAAACAUUGUUGCUUACUUUGGAAGCUAUCUCAGGCGAGAUAAACUUUGGAUCUGCAUGGAGUUCUGUGGAGGCGGCUCCUUACAGGACAUAUAUCAUGUAACUGGGCCCCUCUCAGAACUGCAGAUUGCAUAUGUUAGCAGAGAAACACUACAGGGAUUGUAUUAUCUUCACAGUAAAGGAAAAAUGCACAGAGAUAUAAAGGGCGCUAACAUUCUAUUAACGGAUAACGGUCAUGUGAAAUUAGCUGAUUUUGGAGUUUCUGCACAGAUAACAGCUACAAUUGCCAAACGAAAGUCCUUCAUUGGUACCCCAUAUUGGAUGGCCCCAGAAGUGGCAGCGGUGGAGAGGAAAGGAGGAUACAACCAGCUGUGUGACCUCUGGGCGGUGGGCAUCACCGCCAUCGAGCUGGCUGAACUUCAGCCACCCAUGUUUGACCUUCACCCAAUGAGGGCAUUAUUUCUAAUGACAAAGAGUAAUUUUCAGCCUCCUAAACUAAAAGAUAAGUUAAAGUGGUCAAAUAGUUUUCAUCAUUUUGUGAAGAUGGCACUUACCAAAAAUCCAAAAAAAAGACCCAAUGCAGAAAAGCUACUACAGCACCCCUUUGUCACCCAGCCUCUGACAAGGUCUUUGGCAAUAGAGUUGCUGGAUAAAGUGAAUAAUCCAGAUCAUUCCACAUACCACGAUUUUGAUGACGACGACCCUGAGCCUCUUGUUGCUGUUCCACAUAGAAUUCCUUCCACGAGCAGAAAUGUAAGAGAAGAAAAGACACGCUCGGAGAUAAACUUUGGCCAGGUAAAAUUUGAUCCUCCCUUACGGAAGGAAACAGAGCCACAUCACGAACUUCCCGACAGUGAUGGUUUUUUCGACAGUUCAGAAGAAAUAUACUACACUGCAAGAUCUAAUCUGGAUCUACAACUAGAGUACGGACAAGGACACCAAAGCAGUUACUUCUUAGGUGGAAACAAGAACUGUAUUCUCUAUAACGAGUCAUUGGCAAGGAGUCUUCUAAAGUCUGUGGAAGAAGAAUUACAUCAGCGAGGACACGUGGCCCACCUAGAAGAUGAUGAAGAGGAUGAAGAUGGCUCUAGACAUUCAACCAUGAAAGCAAAAGUCCCACCACCUCUGCCACCAAAGCCCAAGUCCAUCUUCAUACCGCAGGAUACACAUUCUGCUGAGGAUGGUAAUCAAGGAACAAUCAAGAGAUGUCCCUCCUCAGGGAGCCCAGCAAAGCCAUCCCACGUUCCACCUAGGCCACCUCCCCCCAGAUUACCCCCACAGAAGCCUGCUGCUUUAGGAAAUGGAGUGAGCUCCUUCCAGCUAAAUGGAGAACGAGACGGGUCACUGUGUCAGCAACAGAGCGAGCAUAGAGGCACAGACCUUCCCAGAAAAGAGAAGAAGGAUGUACCUAAGCCAAUUAGUAAUGGUCUCCCCCCAACACCUAAAGUGCAUAUGGGAGCAUGUUUUUCAAAGGUUUUCAAUGGCUGCCCCCUGAAAAUCCACUGUGCCACAUCCUGGAUAAACCCAGACACGAGAGAUCAGUACUUGAUAUUUGGUGCUGAAGAGGGCAUUUAUACCCUUAAUCUCAAUGAACUUCACGAGACGUCAAUGGAGCAGCUCUUCCCCCGCAGGUGUACGUGGUUAUACGUGAUGAACAAUUGCUUACUGUCCAUAUCUGGUAAAGCUUCUCAGCUCUAUUCCCAUAAUUUACCAGGGCUUUUUGAUUAUGCAAGACAGAUGCAAAAGUUACCCGUAUCGAUUCCAGCACACAAGCUCCCCGACAGAAUACUGCCCAGGAAGUUUGCUGUAUCAGCAAAAAUCCCUGAAACCAAGGGCUGUCAGAAGUGCAGUGUGGUAAGAAAUCCUUACACAGGCCAUAAAUACCUGUGUGGAGCGCUUCAGACUAGCAUUGUUCUAUUAGAAUGGGUUGAGCCAAUGCAGAAAUUUAUGUUAAUUAAGCACAUAGACUUUCCGAUGCCCUGUCCACUCCGGAUGUUUGAGAUGUUGGUGGUCUCGGAGCAGGAGUACCCUCUGGUGUGUGUUGGGGUCAGUAGAGGGCGAGACUUCAACCAAGUGGUUCGAUUUGAGACUGUCAAUCCAAACUCUACCUCGUCAUGGUUUACAGAGUCAGAUACCCCGCAGACAAACGUCACUCAUGUAACCCAGCUGGAGAGAGACACCAUCCUCGUGUGCUUGGAUUGUUGUAUAAAAAUAGUGAAUCUCCAAGGAAGAUUGAAAUCCAGCAGGAAAUUAUCAUCAGAGCUCACCUUCGAUUUCCAGAUAGAGUCCAUAGUUUGUCUACAAGACAGUGUUCUAGCUUUCUGGAAACACGGGAUGCAAGGCCGAAGUUUUAGAUCUAAUGAGGUAACACAAGAAAUUUCAGAUAACACAAGAAUUUUCAGGCUCCUCGGAUCUGACAGGGUUGUGGUUUUGGAAAGUAGACCAACUGAGAACCCAACAGCAAAUAGCAAUUUAUACAUUUUGGCGGGUCAUGAAAACAGCUACUGAAGACAUGGUGUUCUCGACAGUGACCUGUAGGGACAGUGACCAGGCUGCGGAGCGUCAGUGGAUGCAUGGAGCUGUGCAGAGAGAGGCUGCAGGCCUGGCCUUGGUCCCUUCUAAGUUGUUGUGGCAUGAAGCCGACGGGGGCUUUGUGUUUAGUGGUAUGGCGUGUUUAGCAUAUUGAACCACACAAGUGCUUAAUCCAUUGUUAUGUAAUGUUUGUACAUAUAAGCAGUAUUUUUCUGUGAAACUUCAUUUGCUGAAGACAUACACUAAGAACUGAUGUAGAUAAUGUACUUUUAUGAGAUGUAAAAGUGUCUUAUCUGUACAGAUGUAAAUGUUGAUUAAAAUACAACUGGGGUAAAUAUUUUAAGAAUUCUUUAGAAUAUUCUUGGGUGUGGUUAUAUUACAAAAUGGGAUGCUGGCAAUGAAACACAUUUAACACUAUUGUAUUUUUAUUAUAUGUAAUUUAGUAAUAUGGAUAUAAAUCUUGUAACUUUUAAAAUGGUAACGAGCUGUAAUCAUUUUAUAAUCUUGUUUUGAUUUUAAUGCAAGUGUACUGGUGUCUCCUCGCACAGAGUAUCGCUGUGUGAUGGGCGAGUCACAAAGAGAGCUGUGACGCCCCGGGAAGAUGCAUCGGCUCCACAACAUCUUUUUACGUGGAUUUGGAUUGUUUUCUAUGUGAAACAAACCGAUUAACCCCCUGUUGUAGUAACUGAUCUUUUUCUAUGUAAGCAGAAUCGUGUAAGAUUGCUUGUCUGUGCUUAGGUACACCUUUGAAAAAGACUUAAAUCACAGAAUGGCGGUACCAUGAUAGAACACUGACGUCGUCUGGGUUACAGUGUGCACGAAGACUAAAUAGCACUGUUCAAGAGUCCACACUAGACAUUUCACAGAAUCACCCUGAAAACUGUAACAUUCCAGAGUGAAGUGAUCAAAUUCCUCAUGGAAUUUUUACUUUUGUUGGCCUUAUUUUAUCAUCAUUUUCACAUUUCUUUUGAUUUAGAGUAUUAAUACAUGGCCAAAAUAAUUUAGUUACUACCUCAUACAAACAUUGUAAUGGUUACUACACAUCACAGGAACUUAGUUUGGUGAAAAUCAUUUUUGAUUGGUUUUUUUCCAAUGAAAUGUAUCUAUCUUAUCAAGAUAGGUAUCAAGUUGUAGCAAAUGCACACUUCUGGCUCUUUUGGUAUAUGUUCUUUAUAUUUUGAUGUGAGUAUGUAUACUAAGAACAAACUAAAUUGUGAUUUAGGCUCUUCAUUUAUUUUAAGUGAUAAUGGUUUUAAACAUGUUCCUGAUUGUACAUACUGUAAAAUAAACAUGUUUUUUAACA